AUGGCCGCGCAAUUACGGAAGAAGCUGGUGUAUUCGGUUGACACUCCCUUCUCAGCAACACAAUGGCCAGAGAUUACUCCUGAAGAUCAAGACGUAAUUUUAGAAUUACUCUGCAGCCUUUUGUCUCCUCUAGGCCAACAUCGCCAGAGGCAUGUCAAGCCCUCAGAAGGCAAGCGAGCGGCCAAGAGGAAGAUGAAAGAAGUUGGGAUCGAUUCGAAGGGACCAGCCAAUAGCGAACGCCCGCCUAUGCCUGAUCUCGCCUCCUUCGUUGACGUCGGUCUCACUAGUAUCACUCGUAACCUAGAAAGGCUUGCAACAGGACAGUACACCUCGGAAGCCUCCGGCGAUAACAACACCUUGGCAAGCUUACCCACUCCCUAUUCCGUUGUAUUUGUCGCUCGCUCAGGGCAGUCAUCCGCUUUCAACUGCCAACUGCCCCAAAUGAUCGCUGUUGCCUCCAAGAGCUCGUCAACUGCUCCUCCGAUCCGGCUUGUGGGGUACUCGAAGCCAUGCGCCGAGAAGCUAAGUGCUUGCCUUGGCAUUCCAAGGGUUUCGUCGGUCGGCGUCCGGGUUGGUGCCCCUAUGUCAAAGGCUCUCGUCGAGUACGUUCAACAGCACGUCUCGCCCGUACGAGUGGCGUGGCUUGAACAGGCCGAGGAAGCCAUGUAUCGUCCUACGCAGUUGAAGAUAGAUGAGAAGAUGAUUCCAGUAAAGAAGGGCGGCAAGGCUUGA